AUGCCAGAGGCAUCUUGGGAAAGACCCAAGCUCCUUGAAGACGUUCGGCAAACGCUGCAAGAGGAAGAGGAAGAGGAGAGUCCUCUCGCUACUGAUACUGAGUUAGAGCCUAGCGACAUGUGUGCAUCUGGGCCCUGUAACAAUGGUUAUACCUACGGAACUGUAGCUGAUCUAUCGCCGAAAGACAGCCUGAUGAGAGAAAUUGUUCUUUUUUUCCAGAUGACCGCGUAUGAAAGGUCGUCACUUCGAGCGUCCCUGUCGCUGGCCGACCUAAGGGACGCAACCGAGGACCCAGUUCCGAUGUCCGCUCGACAACGUUCGGGCUCCAGCGCCGGACUGCUGGACGUGGCUCCACACCCGGGGUGUACGGCAGGUCCCAUGCACAAACGCUUCUCAUCGUCCAACAUCGCUCAGUUGGCCGCCAAGAUAGGACAGGCCGAGACCGCCAAACUGCGCAUGCUCGGAAAUGGCGGUGUGCCCCCUUCUAACUUCGUAGCAGCCCGGGGCAUGGGAGAACUGCCGCGCGUGAAUCUUGAUGACGUCAUGGCCAGGCCUGCCGCUCAUCCAAGGCCUGUCCGGUUCAGAAGGUCAGACGCCUCCAGUGCCCCUGCCCCCCUGCCUCCACAACUUCAGGUGACGGAGCGAUCCAGGUCUCCUUCUCUGCGUCGUAUUACAUUAGAGAAUCUGACCUUAUCCAACUCACUGCCGACCAUUCAGGUCACGGACCAGGACGAUGCUCCACUCAGCCCCGAGAACGAUUACCCCGACAAUGACCUCUCACCUCUCACCAAAGACCAGCCGGCCAGGUUUUUCCCGAAGCAGCAGCAGCAGGCGGAGGUCAAACAGAACAUCUACAAGGCGGUGUCCGAGGCAUCCACGGUGUACAGCGCUCAUCAUGAGCCCUCUGUGGAGACUCAGAGCACCAACGCCGACAGCAGCCUGGAGGACGAGGAGCCAAGAGAGGACACUUGGCGACCAUAUGAUGUGUUCCAAGUGUCAGAGCGAGAGGCGGAAAAUGACGGCGCAGUGUUCCGAGAGAUCCUGAAAGUUCUGCGGUUGAUUCUGUAUUUUGUGCUGAUCACCGCCAUACUGGGGGGAACUGUAGCGGCACGAGCCUCGUUCCUUCUCCUCACGUCAGGUGUCGUUCAGGAUGACAAACAAAAGGGGGAGAGCGUUGUCAUGUUACUCUUAUGCAUUUGCUCGCCCAUGGUCGUCAAUUGGUUUCUAGCCUUCAUGAAGAUUCUCUUCAGCGGCAAGGACUGGCCCUCGCUUCCAACCUUUCUUGUGCUCCUUCUCUUGGAACUCCUGCAUGCCUUCGGCAUCUGCCUGCUCGUGUUCCGCGUGUUACCAGUCACAGACUUCUUCCGGGGAAUUACCAUCACCAUGGCGACCUUCACACUGCCCUCCCUCUUCAAGCUCAUUCUCCUAGAGCGAAAGCCGAAAGCGGGAUUCUGGGAUUGCAUGAAGCUGAUCGGUGCAAUCCUGGCUUUUCUCACCCAGGUCGCUGCCAUUGGGUUUUUCCUGUUGACCACAUUUCCGGCCAAGGGAAUACACUCUACCCUCCCGUCAAAAGAUGUGCAGAUCACAGAAUUACAACAGUUGCCCAGCUUGGUGUGGGAACUUCCCUUAGCCCUCGUGCUGACGUCACUAGGCUGGUGGGAGAACUACGUGUCGGGCGAAUGGUCCAUGUGUGGAAAGGUCAAGCUGUCCUUUCAGAGGGUUCGCAAGGUCGCGCAGGAUGUCAGGGAGACUGUCUACUUCCUCGUCGCGCCUCUCAAGAUUGGACUCAUCAUUCUUCUAGCAAAGUAAACAAACAAUUUUUAAAACAUCAUUGUUCCUGACUGGCGCAAGUUUUCUGUUGCCACAGCGACCCAAGGGCUAUCGGGGCGAUUCUGCGACCUUCCACCUGACUCCUACAGUCUUGUCUACCUGGAACUCCUGGCCACCAUGUUGGUGACCUACCUGGCCAGCCUGGCCUGCAAGCUGCACAUGCAAAAGGCCGCCUUCGCCUUACCUCUCAUGCUGUCCCCCCCGGUCUCGCUGGCCAUCGUGUACCUCCAGUGCCACUUCCACUUCUUGCCCACGCACUGGCACAUGGGGACGUGGUAUUGUCCGGCCAUGGAGUGGCAGGAUCUCAUCAUGCCAGUAGCGUGCGCCGCAGCCCUGUGGAUGUCCUACUGCCUCAUCGUCUCGCACAUCUGGUUUCCGAAGAGUGAGCGCAUGGCGAAAGUGGAGAAGCUGUUCACGACGCCCCACUUUGACGCCAUCUUCCCAGACUUCAACUUGACCUUGAGGCGACGCCGUAACGACCGUGAACUUCGCGCGACCCGACUGGAACGUUUCACCUACGUCGGCGAUGACGCAGAGCUGGGCGACGCGCCGACUGACGACAGCAGUGACGUCAUACCUAAGGUCUACGUAUGCGCAACCAUGUGGCACGAGACUCAACGGGAGAUGACUCAGCUGCUUAAGUCCCUUUUCAGGUUGGACUACGUUCACUGCGCCAGUCGGCUUGCUCAAGAAAAAUUUCGCAUACGAGAUCCUGAUUAUUUUGACCUGGAGAUCCACCUUAUUUUUGACGACUCCUUUGACCUGGACGAGGCUGACCGCUUUGUGCCCAACUCUUUUGUGAAGCAGUUGAUAGAAUGCAUGGAAGAUGCUGCCAGGUCUGUGGUGAAGGGCCCUAUCGUCAUCCCGCCCCCGGUCAAGACCCCCGCCCCGUACGGCGGGCGACUGGUGUGGACCAUGCCCGGACAGACUAAGAUGUACGUGCACCUGAAGAACAAAAAUCUCAUCCGCCACAGGAAGAGAUGGUCACAGGUUAUGUACCUGUACUACCUGCUUGGUUUUCGCCUGCUUGGAGGGAAAGACGAAACUCACGACAUGACGACAGCUGAAGAAGAAGACGAAGAGAAAGUCUCGAAUGUUCGGCAUCGAAAGGACAAAACCAAAAGCAAGAACAAAGGAUUCAGCAAGCGCCGCAAGAGAGCCGCUAUGCCCCUGCGCUCCCUCCUCGGUCACAUGCCACCAGAAAAGUACGAAAAGACUAUUCAGAUGUCUGAAAACACAUUCAUCAUGACACUGGACGGUGACGUAGACUUUCAGCCCGAUUCGGUCAAGUUGCUGCUGGACAGGAUGAAGAAGAACAAGAAAGUGGGCGCUGUCUGUGGACGCAUUCAUCCCAUUGGUUCGGGUAAGCCCAUGGUGUGGUACCAGCAGUUCGAGUACGCGGUGGGCCACUGGCUACAGAAGGCCUCGGAGCACGUGUUUGGCUGCGUGCUUUGCUGUCCCGGAUGUUUCUCGCUGUUCAGGGGGUCCGCUCUCAUGGACGACAACGUGGUCAAGCGCUACACCACCAAGCCCACGGAGGCUGCGCACUUUAUCCAGUUCGAGCAAGGUGAAGAUAGGUGGCUCUGUACACUGCUCUUGCAGCAAGGUCACCGUAUCGACUACAGCGCGGGAGCCGACGCUUUGACCUUUGCCCCGGAAACGUUCAACGAGUUCUUCAACCAGCGCAGGCGGUGGUCUCCCUCUACGCUGGCCAACAUGAUGGACCUGCUGUCGUCUUGGCACGAGACGGUCCGCAUGAACGACAAUAUAUCUCGCCUCUACAUCUACCAGUUCCUCCUGAUGGCCUCGUCUAUCCUUGCGCCCUCCACCGUCGUCUUGAUGAUCACAGGGGCGUAUCACUCGGUGCUCGGCUUCAACAUCUGGUGGGCCUUCCUCAUGUCCCUCCUGCCUGUGGCAUUUUACCUCGGUGUCUGCCUCACCCAGACGAACGACAUGCAGAUCAAGAUCGGUGCCGUGCUGACAGCCUUCUAUGCCGUGGUGAUGAUGAUUGCCACCGUAGGCACGCUCAUCAGCAUCGACGAGUCCUUCAACAGUCCUAACGUCGUCUUCCUAAGUGGCCUGGGCAUCAUCUUCACGGUCGCCGCCAUUCUGCACCCGCAGGAGUUCUUCUGCCUGGUGUACGGAGCUCUCUACUUCCUGGUCGUGCCCUCUACUUUCAUCCUGCUGACCAUCUUCUACCUCUGCAACCUCAACAACGUGUCGUGGGGCACGCGGGAGGUGCCCAAGAAGCAGACUCCCGAAGAAAUCGAGGCCCAGAAGAAAGCGGAGGAGGAGAAGGCCAAGAAGAAGAAGAAGAUGUUCACUCUCUACGGCGUCAUCGGUCUUAUCCACGAGCUUCGCGACGCGAUUCGCGGCCUGUGGGGACUCAGAAAUGAGCUGCACCAGACGGCCAAAACGUCCCCACAGCAGGACCCGGAUGUGGAGAAAGGCCUGCUGCCAACACCACCGGCACCGCAGCCACCCCCUCCGCCAGCUAGGGCCCAUCCCCCGGGCCAUGAACCAUUUCCCGACAACCCGCACUGGCUGACGCUGGACUACCUCGGCUACGGGAUGGUCUCCAAGCUGGACGAAGACGAAGUCGAGUUUUGGAAAUUCCUGAUCAAGAAGUAUCUCCACCCACUCGAAGAGGACAAGCACCAGAAGGCCAAGAUCCGAGACGACUUGAUCAUCAUCCGCAACAACGUCGUGUUUAUCUACGUGAUGAUGAACUUCCUGUGGUGCGUCAUCGCCCUACAGCUGCAGUCGAUGGAAGACACGCUGAAGACCUUCUAUAUCGUGCAGAAGUAUGAGCCGCUCUCCCUGUUCUUCCUCUCCAUCUUCGCCAUGGUCUUGGUGCUGCAGUUCGUCUCCAUGCUGGUGCACCGCUGGGGUACUUUCCUGCACCUCAUGUCCUCCACGCGCAUCGACUGGUGCAAGAAGACGCACACGGAGGAGGAGUUUGCGCGUUUCGUCGUCAGCGAGACGCAGAAGCUGCAGAACCUGGAGCCUAUUCCGGACUACGAGGGAGGCGAUGACGACGACUUCGACGAGGACGGCAUGUCGUUGUCGGACUUUGACGCUUCGUUGCAGCAGCCAUCCGGGCAGCCAGGGAAACGCCGCUGAACGCAACAACGGCAGAGGCAGCAUCUACGAGACGAUUGGUCGUCGGACGAUCGGGCGUCGCACCGGCAACGCACACGGCGCUGCAUCCCAGCAUCCUCUCGGCAUUAACCGCAUGAUCUCUACCACCGGCGAGUUUCCCAUGCUGCAGACCAUCUUCGAGCAGAACCUAGAGAACCUACAGCACUGGUGGAAGCAAAAGGGGACGCCGUCCGUGGAACAAGGGCGACCACCAACCCGAUGGGAUCAGAGAAGGCCCUGGGGAGACCGCCGUGGCGAGAUGAGGCAGCGGUUCUUCAAUCAAAACUUUCAGAUGCCCAUGCACAACAACGACAGACUGUUUGCUGUCUAAAAAUGGCGGCAGGAUUUGACCUCUAUAUGUUGGGACCGAGAUACAGACAUCAAAGUAAAAAAAGAUGUGAACCGCCCUGGUUUAGGCUCAUUUUUCAUUUCAAGACUUCGUAUUCUAUGAGACGACAAAACUGUCUUUAUUCUUUAAAAGACUUAACUUGGUAAACGGAAUAACAUGUCUCAAGCCUCCAGAAGAAAACGAGCAGACGAAAUAAAGCCAAAAUAAACAGACCAAAUAAAGAAAAAUAAAGGCUUUACCGUCA